AUGGAUUUCUUUUUUAUGAAUAUAACAUUCUUUUUUAUAAUUACAAAUUUUAUAACGCGGAUUGUAUCCUACGAUAUUUCUGCAGGUUGUCCUACAAAUGUUAUCUUCCCUUUGCCACCAUACGACAUUAAGGUCUAUGGUUCUUACAACUGGCAAACAUCUACUAAACGGACAAUUGUUAAUGAGGUCACUCAUCAUUAUAGAACGACGCUUAAAGGCAAUAUAAUCGUUGCCUCUUGUUAUAUAUUUAGGGCUUUUGAAUCCAAAGUUAGGGAUUCUAUUUCUUUGUCAACUAGAGAUGGUGUUCGUCUUGCUUGUACAAGAUCUGAUUGUGAUGCUGGUCAUAUUAUACCUGCUAUUUUUGGCGGAAAUGAUUCUGUCACUAACCUAAUUCCUCAGUUCGACAACUUAAAUAGGGGAAUGUGGGCUCAAUAUGAGAAAGCAAUAUCAAGAGUGCCUGUUGGUAGUGUUGUUGUUACCAUAUAUGAAUAUGAGCAAAAUAGUUAUGAGAAUACUAUACUAUCAUCAAUUGGCGCUGUGCCUCGUUAUGCAUUUAGACAUGCUAGUUUUCUUAGGUCAUAUGUUUAUAAUGAUAGGCUACCAAAUGAAUUGUUGCUUUGCGGUACCUUCCUUAAUGAUGGUCGUGUGCCUGUGGGUCGCUACGAGGAGUUGAAAGUUUCACUUUCAAGCUGGAAUUCUCACAAACCAGUUGGCAAUUUUGGUCGUUGUGAUUAUCUUGUUUAA